CUUCUGGUGUGGCGUGGGGACUGCCCACCGCUCGCAGAGAGGGAGGAGCUCCGGGGAACCGGGGCCGGGCGGGCCAGUGCUUGGCGCCGGCGGGGAAGGCUCGGCCGGAGCACCCGGGUUCGGUUAAUGAUUCACUCCGGCCGCCGGCGCCGGGUUCCGGGAGCGGAGCCGGGGUGGGGGCGGGCGCGCCGCGGGCUUGCCUCCCCACCCGCCGAGCGCCGUUGGAAGCCGGGUCCUGGCCACGGGAGUCCCUGCCGCACGCGAGAGUCGUGGGAGGGGGCCAGGGCCGGGUUCUGCAGUGUGGCUUCGGAGUCCAUGGUUGAGGGACCCGAAGAGUUAGAGCAGGGAUGGGGCUGCCGCUCGAGGGUCCGAGAGGCUGAUCGGAGGGCCAAGAACGUACUGGCCAAAGCCCUCUAUGACAACGUGGCCGAGUCCCCGGAUGAGCUGUCCUUUCGCAAGGGCGACAUCAUGACGGUGCUGGAGCAGGACACGCAGGGCCUGGACGGCUGGUGGCUCUGCUCGCUGCACGGGCGCCAGGGCAUCGUGCCCGGGAACCGCCUCAAGAUCUUAGUGGGCAUGUACGAUAAGAAGCCAGCAGGGCCUGGGCCCGGUCCUCCUGCUGCCCCUGCCCAGCCCCAGCCCGGCCUCCCACAAAGCCUCCAUGCCCCAGCACCUCCGACCUCCCAGUACACGCCCAUGCUCCCCGCCACCUACCAGCCCCAGCCUGACAGCGUCUACCUGGUGCCCACCCCGAGCAAGACUCAGCAAGGCCUCUACCAAGCCCCUGGCCCCAGCCCUCAGUUCCAGUCACCCCCAGCCAAGCAGACAUCUACCUUCUCGAAGCAGACGCCCCAUCACCCAUUUCCCAGCCCGGCCACAGACCUGUACCAGGUGCCCCCAGGGCCUGGAGGCCCUGCCCAGGACAUUUACCAGGUGCCACCUUCUGCUGGGAUGGGGCAUGACAUCUACCAGGUUCCCCCGUCCAUGGACACCCGCAGCUGGGAGGGCACAAAGCCUCCAGCAAAGGUUGUGGUGCCCACCCGUGUGGGGCAGGGCUAUGUAUAUGAAGCCUCACAGCCGGAGCAGGACGAGUAUGACAUCCCGCGACACCUGCUGGCCCCGGGGCCCCAGGACAUCUACGAUGUGCCCCCAGUUCGGGGGCUGCUUCCCAGCCAGUACGGCCAGGAGGUAUAUGACACACCCCCCAUGGCCGUCAAGGGUCCCAAUGGCCGAGCCCCGUUGCUGGAGGUGUAUGACGUGCCCCCCAGCGUGGAGAAGGGCCUGCCGCUGUCCAGCCACCACGCGGUCUACGACGUUCCUCCAUCAGUGAGCAAGGACGUGCCCGAUGGCCCGCUACUGCGUGAGGAAACCUACGAUGUGCCCCCGGCCUUCGCCAAGGCCAAGCCCUUUGAUCCAACCCGCACCCCGCUGGUCCUGGCUGCGCCCCCUGUAGACUCCCCGCCGGCUGAGGACGUGUAUGACGUGCCACCCCCAGCUCCUGACCUCUACGACGUGCCCCCUGGCUUGCGGCGGCCUGGCCCAGGCACCGUGUACGAUGUGCCCCGUGAACGGGUCCUUCCUCCUGAGGUGACCGACGGUGGUGCGCCUGACGACGGUGUGUAUGCGGUGCCUCCCCCAGCUGAGCGUGAGGCCCCAGCGGACGGCAAGCGCCUAUCGGCCUCCAGCACCGGUAGCACACGCAGCAGCCAGUCCGCGUCCUCCUUAGAGGUGGCGGGGCCGGGCCGAGAACCCCUGGAGUUAGAAGUCGCUGUGGAGGCCCUGGCUCGGCUGCAGCAGGGUGUGAGCGCCACCGUUGCCCACCUCCUGGACCUGGCAGGCAGCGCCGGUGGGACCAGAAGCUGGCGCAGCACCCCUGAGCCACAGGAGCCACUGGUACAGGAGCUGCGGGCCGCCGUGGCCGCCGUCCAGAGUGCUGUUCAUGAGCUGUUGGAGUUUGCCCGCAGCGCUGUUGGCAAUGCUGCCCACACAUCUGACCGUGCCCUGCACGCCAAGCUUAGCCGGCAACUGCAGAAGAUGGAGGAUGUGCACCAGACACUGGUGGCACAUGGUCAGGCUCUUGACACUGGCCGGGGAGGCCUGGGAGCCACCCCUGAAGACCUGGACCGGCUGGUGGCUUGUUCGCGGGCCGUGCCCGAGGACGCCAAGCAGCUGGCUUCCUUCCUGCACGGCAAUGCCUCGUUGCUCUUCAGACGGACCAAGGCCCCUGCCCCGGGGCCCGAGGGGGGUGGCACCCUGCAUCCGAACCCCACUGACAAGGCCAGCAGCAUCCAGUCACGGCCCCUGCCCUCACCCCCUAAGUUCACCUCCCAGGACUCGCCGGAUGGGCAAUACGAGAACAGCGAGGGUGGCUGGAUGGAGGACUAUGACUACGUCCACCUGCAGGGGAAGGAAGAGUUUGAGAAGACCCAGAAGGAGCUGCUGGAAAAGGGCAGCAUCACACGGCAGGGCAAGAGCCAGCUGGAGCUGCAGCAGCUGAAGCAGUUUGAACGCCUGGAACAGGAGGUGUCGCGGCCCAUAGACCAUGACCUGGCCAACUGGACUCCGGCCCAGCCCCUGGCCCCAGGGCGGACAGGCAGCCUGGGGCCCUCGGACCGGCAGCUGCUGCUCUUCUAUCUGGAACAGUGUGAGGCCAACCUGACCACGCUGACCAAUGCCGUAGACGCCUUCUUCACUGCUGUGGCCACCAACCAGCCACCCAAGAUCUUCGUGGCGCAUAGCAAGUUCGUCAUCCUCAGCGCCCACAAGCUGGUAUUCAUCGGGGACACCCUGUCUCGGCAGGCCAAGGCGGCUGACGUGCGCAGCCAGGUGACCCACUACAGCAACCUGCUGUGUGACCUCCUGCGCGGCAUCGUGGCCACCACAAAGGCCGCUGCCCUGCAGUACCCAUCACCUUCUGCUGCCCAGGACAUGGUGGAGAGGGUCAAGGAGCUGGGCCACAGCACCCAGCAGUUCCGCCGUGUCCUGGGCCAGCUGGCAGCCGCCUGAGGGCAGUGACCCCCCAAUGGGGGCAGGGGAAGGGUGUGGCGGCCCCAGCUCCCCGGCCCCCAUCUCAAGAGUAGCUGUGCCGCAGGCUUGGGGACAGGACCCCAGCUCUGCCUCGGGCCUGGCGCUCCGUAUGCCCAGGAUCUGUAUAUAUUUAUGGUUGGGCAGGGCAUGGGGCCGUGCCCCCUCAGAGCAGCCAAAGCCCGGGGGCCGACCAGGGGCCUUCCCCGUUGUGUACUGCAGGACCUUGUGCCACCCAAGGGCUGAGCCUGGUCCCCAGAGGGUGCCCUGUGGCCUGACGGGGCCAGUGCAGUUGGUGUGUUCCUCCGCCUCACCAGGAGAAGACCCUGAAGAACUAUUUUUCAUUAUUGAUUUUCCAAUCAUUUGACUAAUAGUCUCCAUUUAAAUAAAGUUUUUAAAAUGAAGAACAGCUGCCUGAGGGUACCAGAUGAGGGCAGCCUGGGGCGGGUGAUGGUUCAGGGAAGGCACUUGGGGGCAAGGGCCACUCAUGAGAAUUCCCAGGAGGGCGGAGGAGAGGUGGGUCCCUCCAGAAGAAAACUUAAGGGGCACCGAGGCCAGGCGUCUCCUGCAGGGAGCGAGUUCUGUGGCUGGCCACAAGGCCCUGGGAGCCAGGGCAGAGCCUGUGCCUGAGAGGAGUUGGGGGCAGUUUCAGAGCUGCAGGGUCUAGGGCCUCGAAGGCACAGCUUGGGCGUGGCCCCUUCGAGUCCUGGGACGUGCCACAGUGAGCACCUCCCGUGCCUACAUCCAGCAUCUGGAGCUAUGGCAGGUGGGGCAGGACCAGAGGCAGGAGGGGAAUUAUGGGUUCCCAUGAGCUGAGGGCACCACAGGGGGCUGCAUCCGGAGCUGUGUUUAAAAUAAUCUCAUCCCAGCCUGUGCAACUCCCGAAGCACAGUGCUGGAAUGAUACAUGGACUGGCCUCCCAAGUUGGGAGAGCAGGGCCCAGAGAAGGCCCUUGCCCUGGGCAAGUGUGUCUCCCCGGUGGCUCCCCCACCAGCAGCCCACAGCCCACAUGGAGGCUCCAGGGUGCCUGGAAGCCCUGGUGCUCCUCCCAACCCUGACAACUCCGCAUAUGAAUGUGGACCUUGGUUUCCCCAUCUGUACCAAGAAGUGGGUAGGGCUGAUCCUCCUGAUCCACCUCCACAGAGGGGGCCUCCUGACAGCAUCCAUCUCACGGCACACUUAGCCCACCUGCCUGGCUGAGGACACAAGUAAAGGUGUGUGCAGUUG